AUGUGUCGUGGUGCGCGAUCGCAAGUCACUCUAAGCCCCGUGGGGCAUGAGGGGGACAGCUCCGUCAUGGAGGUGUCCUACAACGACGGCAAUUCGACUGUCGCCACGCCGCGUGACAACGGUCUAGAUGUGUCCCGUGUUGCCGACUCGCAGGGGCUUGCCGCCGAGCUGCGGCUGUUUCGCGAGGAGAUGCGCAGGAUGUGCCAGGAGAUGCGCGCUCUUCGUACGUCUUUGGAUGGCCUGACAGCCAGGAUCGACCAGUGCGACAGGCGGGUCGACAGCUGUGAGGGGCGCAUCGAGGCGCUAUGUGCCCGUGUCGAGACGUUGGAGAGCAGACCUCAACACAGUGAUGCCGCUCCUAGCGCCUCUCUCGCGGAAACUGUGUCGCAGCUCAGGUUGGAGCUCAAUGAUCGCGAUCAGGAGCUGUUACUAAAUGACAUCGAGAUUAGUAGUGUGCCGGAGAGUAGCGGCGAAAGCACGAUGCAUAUAGUAACAGCCCUGAGCAAGAAAUUGGGAGUCGAACUCACCGAGCAUGACGUCGUCGAUGCUGCGCGUGUGGGGCGCGCGCCUCAGUUGCAGGAGGGUACCCAGGGAUCGGCGGCGCGGCCUCGGCCGCUCGUGGUGCGCCUGGCGCGCCGAGCCGUCAGGGACCGCCUGCUCCAGGCGGCGCGCGUGCGCCGCGGGGCCACUACGGAAGGCACCGGCAUUCCUGGCCGGGUCUGCACCUUCUACAUCAACGAGCGGCUGACUCCACACAACCGGCGUCUCCUGUAUAGGGCUCGGGAGCUGAAGCAGCAGCACUCCUGGCGGUACGUCUGGACCAGAGACGGCAAGAUCUACGCGCGACAGCAGGCGGGCACGAACUCGCCCCGGCACCGUAUUCGCACAGAAUUAGACCUAGACCGUGUUUUUAGCUUACGAUAG